GCGGUGCACAGCGUCAGGGCUGGCCCAGGACAGGCGAGGGGCCAAGUGAAGAGUUUGGGGGGAUGCCUUCCCUGGUGAGGAAGGGAAUGGCAUGGAGGUGAGGAGGUUCUGGUGAUUACAGGGACGCUAGGAAAAGGAAGUUCCGGGACCCUCCCUGCUCAUGCCCACCUCGGCUUUCUGCCUCAGGCCUCACCUUGUCCCCAGAGCCUGGACGCCCCCUAACCGCUUGGUAGAUGUGACCUUUAAUCUGGGGGGCUGGCCCUGCAUGCCCCAGCCCUCUCAGAGCCCUGGGGAGCCCCUUGGGCCUCCGCCCGACCCCCCAGGCCAGGCUCUGAAGCUGGCCUCUGGGACUGGGCCCCCGGCACAGUGGGCACCUGCACCAGCCCCACCUGUGCUUUGGCCCUUCCCUGCAGGGCACUCACCAUGGCCCCGCCGCUCCUGCUGCUGCUGCUGGCCAGUGGAGCGGCCGCCUGCCCACUGCCCUGUGUCUGCCAGAACCUGUCCGAGUCGCUCAGCACCCUCUGUGCCCACCGGGGCCUGCUGUUUGUGCCGCCCAACGUGGACCGGCGCACUGUGGAGCUGCGGCUGGCCGACAACUUCAUCCAGGCUCUGGGGCCGCCGGACUUCCGCAACAUGACGGGGCUGGUGGACCUGACGUUGUCCCGCAACGCCAUCACCCGCAUCGGGGCCCGUGCCUUCGGGGACCUGGAGAGCCUGCGCUCCCUGCACCUGGAUGGCAACAGGCUGGUGGAGCUGGGCACCGGCAGCCUGCGGGGCCCCGUCAACCUGCAGCACCUCAUCCUGAGCGGCAACCAGCUGGGCCGCAUCGCACCAGGGGCCUUCGACGACUUCCUGGACAGCCUGGAGGACCUGGAUCUGUCCUACAACAACCUGCGGCAGGUGCCCUGGGCGGGCAUCGGUGCCAUGCCUGCCCUGCACACCCUCAACCUGGACCACAACCUCAUCGAUGCGCUGCCCCCGGGCGCCUUCGCCCAGCUCAGCCAGCUCUCGCGCCUUGACCUCACCUCCAACCGCCUGGCCACCCUGGCACCCGACCCGCUCUUCUCCAGGGGGCGCGACGCCGAGGCCUCACCCGCCCCGCUGGCGCUGAGCUUCAGUGGGAACCCCCUGCACUGCAACUGCGAGCUGCUGUGGCUGCGGCGCCUGGGCCGGCCGGACGACCUGGAGACGUGCGCCUCGCCGCCAGGCCUGGCUGGCCGCUACUUCUGGGCUGUGCCCGAGGGCGAGUUCUCCUGCGAGCCGCCCCUCAUCGCCCGCCACACGCAGCGCCUCUGGGUGCUGGAGGGCCAGCGGGCCGCGCUGCGGUGCCGGGCACUGGGCGACCCUACGCCCACCAUGCACUGGGUUGGCCCUGAUGACCGGCUGGUGGGCAAUUCCUCCCGAGCCCGGGCUUUCCCCAAUGGGACCCUGGAGAUUGGGGUGACAGGUGCCGGGGAUGCGGGGGUCUACACCUGCAUUGCUACCAACCCUGCUGGUGAGGCCACAGCCCGUGUAGAGCUGCGGGUCCUGGCCUUGCCCCACGGUGCGAACGGCAGCACUGAGGGGGGCCGCCCGGGGCCAUCGGACAUUGCUGCCUCAGCCCGCACUGCUGCCGAGGGCGAGGGGACGCUAGAGUCUGAGCCAGCCGUGCAGGUGACGGAGGUGACGGCCACCUCAGGGCUGGUGAGCUGGGGGCCUGGGCGGCCAGCGGACCCCGUGUGGAUGUUCCAAAUCCAGUACAACAGCAGCGAGGACGAGACCCUCAUCUACCGGUGUGCCGACUAUGACCUCUGCCUGCUGGCUCUGUCACCUGCCGCUGGGCCUUCCGACCUCACGGCCACCAAGCUGCUGGGCUGUGCCCACUUCUCCACACUGCCAGCCACGCCCCUGUGCCACGCCCUGCAGGCCCACGUGCUGGGCGGGACUCUGACUGUGGCUGUGGGGGGUGUGCUGGUGGCUGCCUUACUGGUCUUCACUGUGGCCUUGCUGGUUCGGGGCCGAGGGGCCGGGAAUGGCCGUCUCCCCCUCAAGCUUAGCCACGUCCAAUCCCAGACCAAUGGAGGCCCCAGCCCCACGCCCAAGUCCCACCCGCCGCGGAGCCCCCCGCCUCGCCCCCAGCGCAGCUGCUCCCUGGACCUGGGAGACACCGGCGGGUGCUACGGUUACGCCAGGCGCCUCGGAGGGGCCUGGGCCCGGCGGAGCCACUCUGUGCAUGGGGGGCUACUCGGGGCGGGGUGCCGGGGGCUGGGCGGCAGUGCGGAGAGGCUGGAAGAGAGUGUGGUGUGACGGGAAGGGAGUCGCCCAGGGCAGAGGGCACAGGGUGGGCGGCUACCUGGCCUGGGUGGGUCAGCGCUGCCUGGGAGGCCCUCCCGAAUUACCCUCGGUACCUCAGGCCCCUUUGUGCUUGGCAGGACAGGGGGCCCUUUCCCUGGUUCUGGCCUACAGAGGAGCAUAAGGGGACAGGUCCCUCUGACAGGUGCUUAAAGCCAUUGAGGCAGGGGCUGCAGCCACCAAGUGGGAUUCUUGUUUUUCUUUAUAAUAAAAUUGUUGGGGACACCUCA